AUGGCGCCCGUUACUCUGCGUGGCUAUCUGCUCUGCGUCUUCGCCGCCUUUGGAGGUAUCCUCUUUGGCUAUGACUCUGGUUACAUUAGCGGCGUGCUGGCUAUGAACGCCUUCAAGCAACAGUUCGGUAACCCAUCCACCGCCGCAGACGCCUACAACGGCCGCCUCUAUCAGACCUGGGAGAAGUCACUCAUUGUUUCCAUCUUGUCCGCCGGUACCUUCUUUGGUGCGCUCUUCGCUGGCUCCCUCGCCGACUGGAUUGGUCGCCGCGCCACCAUCAUUUCUGGUUGUGGUGUCUUCUCUGUCGGUAUUGUCCUCCAAGUCGCAUCCUCUACUGUUUCUCUCCUCGUCGCUGGACGCCUGAUCGCAGGCAUUGGUGUCGGAUUCGUUAGCGCAGUCAUCAUCCUCUACAUGAGCGAGGUGGCGCCCAAGUCCGUUCGUGGAGCCAUUGUGUCCGGAUACCAGUUCUGUAUCACCAUCGGUCUCCUUAUCGCCGCCGUAGUUGACAACUCUACCAUGAACCGCAUGGGCUCCGACUCCUAUCGCAUUCCAAUUGCCAUCCAGUUUGCUUGGGCUCUUAUCCUUGGUAUUGGUCUCUUCUUCUUACCCGAGUCCCCACGCUGGUUCGUCAAGCGCGGCCGUCUUGAAGAUGCCGCCAAGUCCUUGAGUAUUCUGCGCAGUCAGCCUGCCGACUCUGGAUUCAUAAAGGAUGAGCUGGCCGAGCUUGAGGCCAAUUUCCAGCUUGAGUCAAAGAACAUGCAGUCUGGCUGGCUCAGCUGCUUCGUCGGUGGGUGGAGCUCGCCCAACAGCAACCUCCGUCGCGUCAUGCUCGGCAUGGCACUUCAGAUGAUGCAGCAGUGGACCGGUGUGAACUUUGUCUUCUACUACGGCACAACCUUCUUUAAGACUGUCGGCCUCAAGAACGCUUUCGUCAUCUCCAUGAUCACCACUGCUGUCAAUGUCGGCUCCACACCGCUUUCCUUCUGGACUGUUGAGAAAUUCGGUCGUCGUAUGCUCCUCAUCUACGGUGCUGUGGGCAUGCUCAUUUGCGAGUUCGUCAUCGCGAUCGUGGGCACCGUUGACGAGGGUAGCAAGGCCGCCUCUAUGUGCCUCAUCGUCUUCACUUGCUUCUACAUCUUCUUCUUCGCCUCCACCUGGGGUCCCGCCGCUUGGGUCGUCAUUGGCGAGAUUUUUCCUCUGCCUAUCCGCGCCAAGGGAGUCGCUCUGUCGACCGCAAGCAAUUGGCUGUGGAACUUCGUCAUUGGCUUCACCACACCCUACAUGAUCGACGAGCAGUACGGCAACCUCAAGACCAAGGUCUUCUUUGUCUGGGGUGCUACCUGCACUGCGUGUGUGGUCUUCGCCUACUUCCUUGUUCCUGAGACAAAGGGUUUGUCACUCGAGCAGGUCGACAACAUGCUCAAGGAGACCUCGCCCCGUCGUUCUAGCAAGUGGCUGCCACAUUCGACUUUCGCUGGCCACGGUGAGACGUCUUCCCUUGAGUCCACUGACAAGGCUGGCGUCCGUGCUCGUUAUGAGGAAAACAUCUCUCAGCCCGAGAGCAAGGUUUAG